UAAAGCUUCUCUAUCUUAUUCUCCUUCUCCUUCUCCUUCUCCUUCUUCUUCAUGCACAGCAUUCUCACCCCAAACUCACCACCAUGGAACCCUUUUCUCUUCCUCAAAGCCCAACCCUAGAUUAUAGCUCCAGCGUUGACACCUCCCGUCCCUUCCGCUCUGUCAAAGAAGCCGUCGCCAUUUUUGGCGAGCGCCUUCUUCUCGGAGAAAUGUACUCACCAUCUCCAAAGCCUUAUAACGUGAACGUAGGAGAAAUGUUCUCACCAUCUCCAAAGCCUUAUAACGUGAACGUAGGAGAAAUGUUCUCACCAUCUCCAAAGCCUUAUAAUAUGAGUAUAGUUCCAAACACUACAAGAAAUUUGGUAUUUAGCGAUGACGAUGACGAUGACAGCCCUACAAGAAACUUGGUCUUUAGCCACAACAAAAGAGAAGAUGAAAGCUUGGUUUUAUACACUCUAAAGAAGCUUGAAGCUGAGCUAGAGGAAACAAAGGUGGAGUUGAAGUUGUUAAAAGAGAGAGAGUCUGAAACCGAGGUUGCAUUGGCUUCCUUAAAUGCUGAGCUUCACAAGAACAUGUCAAAGUUGGCCAAAGCCGAGGCAGCUGCUGCAACAAAUGCAUUGAUAGCAAAUAGAAACAGAGAAGUUAGAGAGGAUCAAGAGAGGAAGAGGGAGUUGAUGAUUAGAAUGGAGGACUCGAACACUUUGGCUCAUAUAUUAAGUUUACGUGAGGAAGGUUAUUUUGGAGGGAAAGUGCAGGAGAAGAAGGCGAUGAAGAAGAAGCCUAUUAUUCCUUUGGUGGGAGAUUUGUUUUCAAGGAAGAAACGGUCUUCUAAAACCAUGCAAAACCCUCUAUAUUCAUCUCCCAACGUGUAUAAUUGAGAAUUUAAUGUGUCUUUAAUUUGGUAUUAUGUCUUUUUUUUAUCCUUAUGUGAUUAUAAGAGCGUUAAUUGCUUUGUGGAGGGAAUAUGUAUGCAAAGGUUAUAUAACCUUUGCAUACAUAUAUAUAUAUAUAUAUAGAUAUAUCUAUAUCUAUAUAUAUUCAUGAACUAUCUAAACCUUUCCAUGGUUAAUAUUUUGUACUCAUAUUUGGCAAUCUGUUGGAGGAAAAUGAAGAAAGGGACUUUGAGUUUAGUAA